AUUCCUGGGAAGUUGCUCUUUUCUCUGGUGAAGCGUUACCUGUGCGUCACGUCUUUGAUGGACAAACUUAACACAGCAGGGGCAGAGUCAUGUCCUGAUAGGCCAGAUGCUAGCCCCGCCCCUGCCUCAUCAUCUUCUAGCUCCUCCCACCAGACUGAGCUCCUCCGAAUCCAGCGAGAGUUUGAGUUCACCAUGGCCAUGGCCAACCUGAUCUCUGAGCUGGUCCGAGUCAUGGGCUGGGACCGGAACCGAAGGCCACCUGACGACUCCACCCACCACCAGGAAGGAGGCGGGGCAUGUUGGGAGGAGCACAGUGAGGAGGAGGAGGUGCUGCGCCCGGUCCUUAGGUCCAUCUUCCAGCCUCGGUUCUGUGCUGCACCUGUCACUCAGACCAGCAGCUCCUCUGUGACAGUGGGAACGGCCACGCCAGUGAAGAAGAAGACUGGGAACGGCUUCAAAACUCGCUCAGACUUCGCCAACCGCUCAGCCUACGUGGAGUACGUUCAGGACAAUCUGAAGAGUGGCAUGAUUGUUCGCAUGCUGGAGGACUACGAGGAGGUGAGCGCUGGAGAUGAAGGAGAGUUUCGUUACAGCAAUGAUGGAUCUCCACCUGUUCAGGUCUUCUGGAACUCGUUAGCCAGGACUUACUGGGUCCACUGGCACAUGGUGGAGAUCCUGGGCAGUGGCAGCAGCAGCCAGUCUGAGAAGGAAACACAAGAGAAAGCCUUGUCCCUGACAGAGACCCUGAAACUCACCACAGUGACUCAGACCUUCUUCUCCAAGCCUCCUGGUGGACUCUACUCACUGCCGUACCUGCUGCAGAGACCGCAGCCUGAGCCUGCAGUGCUGAGCCGAGCUGAGUGGUGGGAGGUCCUGUUCUUCAUCAAGAAGCUGGAGUCCACCCAGCAGCAGGAGGUGACCAGCAUCCUGCAGCAGAGCCUGGAGGAGCAGGAGCUGGAGCUGGACGACUCGUCCCUUAUCUGCCUGUCCGUCCCUGGAGACGUAGCCAAGAAGCUGCUGCACUACUUGAAGCAGAAGCUGCCGUCGUCGUGUCUCAGUGAUCUGCUGUGCUCUCAUGCCUUCUCCAAACACUAUCUGAAGAGAGGAGGGGGAAGUCUGGAGGAUGAGGAGCUGCUUGCUGAAAGCUCUCUGAGUGCAUCCAACCUGGGAGGAGGUGGAGGAGGAUCUCAGAGCUUCUCCUCUUCAUCCUCUGCCUCCACCUCUUCUUCGUCAGCAAUGGGAUCCGUCUCCAAGAAGGCCAAGAAGGAAUUUCCUGUGGACUUGAGCUGCUCAGAGACGGAGAGCGAGUUUCCCUCAGAAGACGAAAGCAAAUAUCCUGAAGAUCUGGAGGACAAGAUGAAAGUGUUUAACAACCCGCGGGUGCAGGGGAAGAAGACCCUGCUGGAGAAGUUGGGGGAAGUAGUGGACAUCCUGAAGAAGGGGGGUUCUGUCUCAGACUCUGCUCAGCAGCUAGCUGCUGUCCUCUUCAUCACCCGACUGCUGGAGGAGAAAAGCUCUCAGGACAAGAACUCCAUGAGGAGUGACUCUGCUCAGACCGUACGAGACAAGGUGCUGAAGCUGCUGGUAGAGCUCCUGGGCUCCUCCUGCAGAGAUGUGGUGCUCAGCACACUGAGGCUCAUCCACCUUCUCAUGCUGAAAUUUGAGUGGAGAGUGUCAUUCGCCACUGAGGGCGGAGUCAAAGCCAUCCUGUCCUGCAUGCAGGAGUCUUCCUCUGUGGCACACAUACAGCAGCUGGCACUGGCGACUCUGAAGGUCAUCACUGGUGCCAGUAAACAUGACCUGCGCAGCCUGGGCAGCAGCCUCCCGCUCUCUGAGUCCGGCACACAGAUGAUGCUGGAGAUAUUUGCCAGCAUUGGCUCAGCUACUCCUGAAGGCUCUAAAGGUCUGCUGGCUGUCAUCCCUGAUGCCAUUGACCUGAUGCUGAAGACCAAAGGCUGUAUGCUGUCAGUGAGGAAUGGACUGCUGGUGGUCAUCAUGCUCAUCUCCAACCAUAAGAGCCUGGCAGAGCAGCUGGUGGCCUGCGGGGUCACCACCGUCCUCAAGAAGUGUCUGACCCUGUCCAGAGCUGAGACCAUGCUCGCUAUCAUUGCCCUCAACCACAUCUCUAUGGUGCACAAACUGGAGAGCAAAGAGAGUCAGGAACAGCUGGACUUUAAGGACACAGAGCUGCAGAUGUUGGUGGUGAGCCUGAAAGAGCUAACAGUGACCAAAGAGGUGAUCCAGACUCUGGAACAACUGCUGUGUGAUGACACGUCACAGCUGGAGGAGGAGCGCAGCCAGGUCACUCACAGUCGGGGCACCUACCAGGACCUGGUCCGUCUAAUGGAGCAGCACCGAGCUGACAGAGCAGUCCAGCUGUCCAUCCUCAGGAUCCUGAACAAAUUCCUGGACAACUACGAGGAGGACAUACUGCCGUGGCACGAGAGCAUCGAGCCCUGCCUGUCCACCAUGAUGGCCUUCAUAAACGACAGAGAGGUGGUGCAGCUGUUCAUUCGCUUCCUGUACCGGCUGGCGUCUCUAAACAAAGACUACACAGUGGUCAUGUGUCGACUGGGCACCAAGGAGGCGCUGGUCAAAGCUCUGGACAAACACAGCACCAACCUGCUGUUAGUCACUGAACUGAGAGACCUCAUCACAGACUGUGAGAAGUAUGCUAGCCUCUACAAAAAGAUGACCACUAGUGUUCUGGCAGGAUGCAUCCAGAUGGUGUUGGGUCAUAUUGAGGAGCAUCGCCGCAGCCACCAACCAAUCAACAUCCCCUUCUUUGAUGUGUUCCUCAGAAAUCUGUGCCAAGGAUCCAGUGUGGAGCUGAAGGAGGACAAAUGCUGGGAGAAGGUGGAGGUGUCUUCCAACCACCAUCGAGCGAACAAACUGACAGACAAGAACCCAAAGACCUACUGGGAAUCCAACGGCUGCACUGGCUCCCACUUCAUCAACAUCUACAUGCAUAAAGGUGUGGUCAUCAGAAGGUCUCAACAGAAGCAAAGAGCUGAAGAAUGGUAAAGAGGGUAAAAACAAAGACACGUUCACCGCCCCCUCUUCCUCCUCUCCGUCUCCUGUCAAGCCCAAAGUCAAGAGCAGCAGCAGCAUUGCAGGCAUCGCCCUCUGCUGGCAGGGAGUGGUACAGUGCCAGGUGAAGAAGUUUCUGGAGGCCAGCUGCAGUCUGCCGGACUUCGUGGAGCGUUACAGGGCUCUGUACCUGCGGCUGAAGAAAGCCAUGGAGGAGCUGUUCGGACAGCAGACAGCUUUUGUUCUCGCCCUGCGGCGUGGUUUCUCUGCUGCUCUGCUGCAGCUCUCCAUCCUCAAGGCCAUGCACGUGAGCGAGCGCUUUGCUCAGUACGUUGAUCAGAUGAUUGAGGCCAGUGGGACACCGUCCGGCAGCUUGGACACUCUGGAGCGGCUGCAGCAGUUUCUGGAACCGAUCCUUUUUCUCUCUGGCCUGGAGCUCGCAAACACCUUUGAGCACUUCUACAGGUAUUACCUUGGUGACCGUCUGCUUGCUCGGGGAAAUGCAUGGUUGGAAAGUGCAGUGAUCGAUCAGAUCGGCAGCUGCUUUCCCAGUCGUUUCCCUCAGCAGAUGUUGAAGAACCUCAGUGAGUCGGCUGAGUUGCAGCAGGAGUUUCACCUUUACCGGCUGCAGCAAUUAGAUGAAUGCCUGCAGGAACAUGACCAGAUGAUGGACGAUGACUGGACAGAAGCAGAAGAGGAAGCAGAGGUCCAGGUUCUAGUUCUGUCUCCACGAUGUUGGGCUGUGUCUGCCGUUUGUUUCCUGGAUGAACCAGCAAAACAGUUUCCAUCUGAACUCUGCUCCUACCUGAACCAGUUCACCCAGUUCUACACACACAGUCAGUCCAUGUAUGGUCUGAGCCACUCCAAGCCUCGGCGCCUACAGUGGACGUGGCUGGGUCACGCUGAGCUUCAGUUUGGCAGCUGGACGCUGGACGUGUCUACACUGCAGAUGUUUGUCCUGCUGCACUUCAACAGUCAGGAGGAGCUGAAGGUGGAAGCUCUGCUGCAGAAGACGGGCUUAUCUUCUGUGGUCCUGCUGCACGCUCUUCAGCCACUCAUCAGUGAGGGAGGACCACUGACCUGCAGCUCACCAGCAGAGCCCAUCCAAGGUGUGCUGCAGCUGAACCAGCAGGUGGUCUCCCACAGCCGGCAGGGUGUUCCAGCGUCAGUGCGACUUCUGCCCAGACAGACCUACCUGAACGUGGACGAGGACGCAGCCAGAACCCUGGAGAGGAAGAGGAACAUCAUCUACUGCCUGAUCGUUCACAUUAUGAAGCAGGAGAAGGAGAUGCACAUCGAUAACCUGCUUUUCAAGGUGAUGGACUCGUGUCAGAAGCAGGAAGCGUCCCAGUCUUCAGGCAGCAGCCGGUUCAGCUGCAGCACCGGAGACGUGCUCUCCUGCAUCAUGCACGUCAUCAGUAAGGGCUGCGUCCGCCGCAACGAAGACAACCCACACAUCGUGGAGUUUGUUCCUGAGGACCCGUCCACGCCUCAGAAAGGCCAGGCCCAGUUCUCCUUCAGCCGCUCGGACUCGAGGAAAGACGCUGUGGCCAUCGACAGCCUGGCUGACAUCAGUCUGGUACCAGCACUGCGGCAGCUGGAGGAUGGAGUUCUGGAUUCAGUUCUGUUCUCCCUGGGCCGGACCAUGACGCAGGAGGAGGUCCGUCAGCUGAUGCAGAGGACUGUGCAGCAGGUUUCAGCCACUCUCAGUCUGGACUUGGACUGGGCUGAGCACCUGCUGAUCCACUGCAGGUGGAACGUGGACCUGCUGGUGCAGCGCUACACCGAUGACUCGGACACACUCAUCAUGGCCGCCGGGCUCAAGAGCCAGAAUCCACAGCCACCGCCAAGCCCCGCCUCCUCCUGCCCCGUCUGCCUGAGCCAGAGGGCUGCUGGUUCUGAGCCGGUCCCAACGCUGAGCUGUCUGCACUACUGCUGCCGGUCGUGCUGGCAGGAGUACCUGACGGCCCGGAUCGAACAGAACCUGGUGAUGAACUGUGACUGUCCAAUCACAGACUGUCAGGCUCAGCCCACGACCCAGUUCUUCCUCAGCAUCCUGACGGACCGGGACACCAUAGCCAAGUAUGACAACGCCCUGCUGCGAGGAUAUGUGGAGUGCUGCUCCAACCUGACCUGGUGCACCAACCCACUGGGCUGUGACCGCAUCCUCUGCAAGGAGAACACAGGCAGCAUGGGCACCUGCUCCAAGUGCUGCUGGUCCUCCUGCUUCAGCUGCAACUUCCCUGAGGCUCAUUACCCAGCCAGCUGCAGCCACAUGUCUCAGUGGAUGGAUGAUGGAGGGUUUUAUGAAGGGAUGAACAUGGAGGCUCAGAGCAAACACCUGGCCAAGCUGAUCUCCAAACGCUGCCCCAGCUGCCAGGCUCAGAUCGAGAAGAACGAGGGCUGCUUGCACAUGACCUGUGCCAAAUGUAACCAUGGAUUCUGCUGGCGCUGCCUCAAACCCUGGAAACCAACUCACAAAGAUUACUACAACUGCUCUGCCAUGGUGAGUAAAGCUGCUCGACAGGAGAAGAAGUUCCAGGAUUACAACGAGAGAUGCACCUUCCACCAUCAAGCCAAGGAUUUUGCUGCCAACCUGGAGAACAAAGUUUCAUCCAUUAAUGAAGCUCUGCAGAUGAAGUCUCUCACCUUUGUCAUCGACGCCUGUAAAGUCCUCGCCCAGGCUCGAAAGGUGCUGGCCUACUCCUGUGUUUACAGCUACUACAACCAGGAGACUGAGAAGAUGGAUGUGAUGGAGCAGCAGACUGAAGCUCUGGACCUCCACACCAACGCACUGCAGAUCCUGCUAGAGGAGACUCUACUGCAGUGCACGGACCUGGCCUCGUGUGUCCGCCUGCUGAAGCCAGAACACCUGAACACGGGACUGGAACUCAUCCGACGCAUCCAGGAGCGUCUGCUGGCCAUCCUGCAGCACUCCACCCAGGACUUCAGGGUUGGGUAUCAGUCCAGAAGCAACCAGGAACCAGAGUCUACUCAGGCGUCCAGUCUGUCCAACCACACAGACGUCAACAAGGGGUCCAAGUCAGACCGGGCUUCAGACUCCGGAGACUCAGACAACAACAAUCACACUGGUGAGGAAGGUGUCGAAAUCGAAGCAGAGGAUGACGACGAUGAGUAUGAUGAAGAGUACGUCCCUGAGUGGCAUGAAGACUACGACGAGGACGACAUUGACGAGGAUGACUUCUUCUCUGAUGACGAUGAGUCUGAGAACCUGGAGAGAACCUUCAGCCCGUAUGACUGAGUCAAUCCUAAACUUAAAGUUGUCUCAGAGACAGACGGGACAGGGUCAAAGCCCCGCCCCUUCUUUAUAACCAUGUGACUUCACGCGAGGACGUCAGGCACGCUGAAAGACCAGCAGAACGUCGUCCCACACACAGACUCCUCCACGCAUCGCUGCACUUGCUUCCACUUCUGAUUCUGUUUUCAUGAAGCCAAAGUUCAGAGGAGAACAGGACAAAACACAUCCUGAGUUUUAUCUUUAAAGAGGAAAAUCUGAGUUUAUUCCUGAAAAUAUGAAAACGUUUCUGUUUUUGUUCUGAAAGUCAGGUCGGACUUUUCUGUUGGUUCACCUGCUCCUUGUGUGAAACUCCUUCAAAACCAGUUCAAAGCAAAUGAUAGUACAUUUAAAUCAAUGUGGAACCAGUCUGAACUUACUUUAAACCAGUUUAAACCAGAUUAAAUUGGUGACAACCAGUUACAAAAACAAAAAUCUGCUUCUGGAACCAAUUGAAACUAAACAUGUCUGAAAUCAGUUAAAAAUAAUUGCAGCAGUUACAGCCUGUCUGAACUCUAAUGAAACGAGUCUGGAAACAGUUUGAAUGACGAGGAACCAGUUUAACCUGGAACCCGUCAGAACCGGUUUAAUCUGGAACCCAUCAGAACCAGUUUAAUCUGGAACCCAUCAGAACCAGUUUAA